AUGCCUUACAUUGCCCGGGGUAAUGAGCUCCCCGAGAUAGCGAUCCGAGGUGGGCUCGUUGACCCGCGAGCUGAUCACCAGCAUUCGUUCAACAAACGGAUUUCUUGUCGAGACGUGACGGACUUCAUCUCUAAUACAGCCGAGGUCUCUCCUCUUGAAUUGCGCGACAAGAAGGCCGCCGCUAGACAUACUAGUGAUUCCAAGGCCAGACUGUACAAGAUCCUUGCGCGGACAAAUGAGCUCAGCCGGCCUUUAGAAGUGAAAUCUGUGGACCAGCCCAUCUCCGAUCUCCUUCCAGGUCUGGUCGUCAGCGGUGGUCUCAGUCGCUCGCCUGCUUUCGAUUGUAUCCCUGUUGUUUCCCACUGGGGCGAGCGUACCGAAGAAACUUCGGCAGAGGACCCUGCUGCCAGUGUCCGUCUUGUUUCAACUUGGAACACCAUCCAUGUUCGUGGAGAAGGCCUUAACAGGGAAUCUCCCCAUGGGGCUCCGUGUUGGCUGUUGAAGUCCCACGGCAUUGGACCCAUCGAGCCUGGUUCGCCGAAGUUUGCCCAGCAGUAUUCUUCCGAAACCGAUACGCUGACCACAACCGUUAAUUUGGCCCGUCGCCCUGACACGGUUCAAACACGAGGAGUACUGAAUGCUGCUUCAAGUAUCUCUUGGAUUCGUAAUGCCCGUGUUGCGGAUGCCGUCGACUGUGCAGUUGGACUGUUGGCCGAUGCCGCCACUCUCUUGGAAGCUCGUGACAAGGUUAUCACAACUGGCCAGACACAGAAACUGGACUUUGCAGAGGUGCGCGGCGUCGAAGCACCAGCUUGGUGCAAAGCUCGCAAGCCACUUGCCCCAAAGCUGAGCGGCGUGGCAGACUCAACAGACAAGGUUUGCGAUCAGAUAUUCGAAGCAGAGGGCUGCCAAGGACCCUUAAUCAACACUAGCAUUUUCUCCAUGUCGAUGGGCUACAACCGUGGUGUAUACGGCGGAUCGAUCUCCGGUUUAUGGGCUAUCAUGGACUCAGCCUUUGUGCUGGAUUACUCUAUUGGUACCGAUACAUCUGCAAUGGCAGACAGGCUCUCUUUUGCUUUCGCCGAAGUGACUGCCGCCGCCGAAGCAUCUACCUCUGCUGGGCCUCACAUUGACGAUGUUCGAAUUGUCAAGGGCUGCAACUACGCGUGUGUCCGCCAGAAGACGAUUAUCGAGGAUAAUGACCCCGUUGAAUCCAAGCCGUGCAUUGUUGUGUGGAAUGACCUUGACCGGCUUGCCCGAUACAAGCUAGCGGACGCUGUAUUUUGCCAUGUCUACUACGACUCGGGUGGUGGUGAACAGAUGGCUGCAAUUGCCGGCCUUGGGUGCGUUGCGCACGACUGGAUUGAUCUUGGACCCGACACUAUGUGUGGAGAAGUCAGUAACAUUAUUCCUUCUUUAACACGCGGAUCUCUGGAAGAAGGCCCACUGGCCGAGGUUUACUCACGAUUGAUCGGUGCUAUGAUCUGGUACCGCAACAAUGACCCCUACAACCCGGCAGCUCUUUGCCUUCUCUGCACUCACUGGUGGCAGCUUUCAAACUGCCGACACCGUCCCAUCACUCUGCUUGGCCGAACGGACUUUGGUGUCGAGGCAGCCAUCGCUCCCACGAUGCCUGAAGGCAGACCCGAGUUGGAGCAUUUCCGUGCCAACGGAACCAGAGUUGAGCGUGGACAAGGCCCACUCUCCAGCGCCGAGGCUCGACUCCAAGCCCUUCUCGCCACUGACAUCUUGCCCGAAACUCGUGCUGUCAUUGACCACCUGGUCAACCCUGUUCUUGCAUAUGUGAAGGGAGGUGACUCUCUUCCAUCUGAGAGUGAAUUCGUCGGAACCGUCCUGGCUGCUGAGCUGGCAUACCCCCACGGCCAGAAGAUCAUGGAACUAUGGGACCUCGCCAUCGUUAUGUGGGAGUGUGGAGCAAUGUGGGGAGCUGGAGUGGCAGGUCUUUGCUACACCCAUACUGGCAAUACUAACUGUGACCGGGCUCGUCAUGAUUUGGCUGAUCACACCUGGACUUAA